UCGGUCUCAGUUAGGUACUAUCUCUCUUAACGGACGGACUUGUUAAAUUUUUGUUCUGCCACAGGUGCCACUUGUUAACUCUCUGUUUAUAACCGGAAUUGUUUCUACUUUUUGUAUCUCAUUUGGAUUUAUGCGAAAUCGUUUUUAAAUGGCUUCUUUUAUUUUGAAAAACAGUGUUUCAAUACUAAAAAACUACAUUCCACAAACAUUGAAUACUUUAAAGAGCGCACCUACCAACCACAAGCGAUUGUUUCAUUUAUCACCUUGUUUGGAGAAAGUUGUUUCAUUUAACCUAAGCGAUAUUGGUGAGGGUAUCCGUGAAGUUGUUGUUAAAGAAUGGUUUGUUAAAGUCGGUGAUUCCAUUGAACAAUUUCAAAAUAUUUGCGAAGUACAAUCGGACAAAGCAUCAGUGACAAUCACUAGCCGAUACGAUGGAAAAAUCACAAAACUUUAUCACAAGAUUGAUGAUAUUGCUUUGGUUGGAAGUCCACUAGUUGACUUUGAAGUUGAAGAAGAAGAAGGAAGUGAAUCAAGUGAAUCAAGUGAUUCAUCUGACAGUGACAAAGAAGAUAAACCAAAGGUCGUUGAUACAAAACCAGAAAUCAAGGAUCAGUCAGAUAUUGGUAGAACAAUUGCUUUAGCUACUCCAGCUGUUCGUAGAAUUGCAAAAGAGCACCAAGUUGAUUUGACAAAAGUUCCUGCCACCGGUCGAGGUGGUCGUGUUUUAAAAGGUGAUGUUAUGGAAUACCUUGGACAGGUUCCACCUGGAACUAAUAUUCCACAUCCGACACUGUUAAACAAUAAAAAUACUGCUUCACCUACCCUGACACCUCCACCAGCCGAUCGAACCGAACCUUUGAAAGGUGUUCGAAAAGCCAUGUCCAAGUCAAUGACUGAAUCUUUGAAAAUUCCUCAUUUUGCAUAUUCUGACGAAGUUGAUAUGACAAAGUUGGUUGAAUUCCGGGAUCAGUUAAAGAAUGUAGCAGCAGAACAUGGAAUCUCCAAGCUAACUUUCAUGCCAUUUUGUAUAAAGGCAGCUUCGAUUGCUUUGAAAAAAUUUCCAAUCCUUAAUAGCUCCUUAGAUCUUGAAAACGAAUCCGUGAUCUAUAAGGGUUCCCAUAAUAUAAGUGUUGCCAUUGACACACCGUCAGGAUUGGUUGUGCCGAAUAUUAAAAACUGUGAAUCAAAAUCAAUUCUCGAAAUUGCCAAGGAUUUGAAUGCCUUAGUUCAGAGAGGUCGAACUGGAUCAUUGCGACCAGAAGACUUCGCUAAUGGAACGUUUUCGUUGUCAAACAUUGGAGUGAUAGGUGGAACUUACACUCAUCCAUGUAUAAUGGCACCACAAGUAUCAAUUGGUGGCAUGGGAAGAACUAAAAUUCUGCCAAGAUUCAAUGAAAAAGGUGAUGUCGUUAAGGCUUACAUCAUGAAUAUUAGUUGGUGUGCUGAUCAUCGUGUUAUCGAUGGUGUUACAAUGGCUAGUUUUUCAAAUGUUUGGAAGGAACAUUUGGAAAAUCCAGCUUUAUUUUUAGUUUCAAAUUGAUUAACUUUUUUAUAACGCAUUUAGAAAGAAAUUGAAGAAAACAAUUUGAAUGUCUUCCAUAAAAGGCUGUAUAAUUGCAUUUAUUACAUGUUUAAGGAUUUUGUGUUGAUUUUUUUUUAUUUUAUACGAAUAAAAGUGGAUAUAAGAAAGGUA